GAGUCAGGACGCAGGACACAGGACACAGCACCAUGAAAUACACCGCAGGGCCAGGGGAUGCGACAGAGUUGCCACAAAAGUUCACUUUCAACCCAAAAGAGGGGAUUGACAAUCCGGCCCUGGUUAUCUCAGAUGAUGCAGGUCCAGACCUGUGUCCACGUCUGUGCCUGUUAAAGCGAGAGGAGGGUGAAGGCUUUGGAUUCUACCUGCGGGAGGACCAGGGUUGCAGGGGCCAUGUGGUGCAGCAGGUGACUCCAUGGAGCGCAGCACAGCGCAGCGGGCUGAGGGACGGAGACCGCAUUCUUGAGGUCAAUGAGCACUUUGUGGACAAUCAAGAGCAUUCAGAGGUGGUCCAAAAGGUGCGAGCAUCUGGGCUACACGUGUGCUUACUGGUGCUGGGUGCUGAGGAGUAUGAAUGUGCUGUGUCUGAUGGAACAAACCUCAUGGCUCUGGUCCGGGCUCACCGUGGAGAUGGCUAUGCCCGCCCCCGCCUGUACCACAUCAACAGAGAGCCUGGCUUCGGCUUUGGGUUCAGCAUCAUCCCAAUUGAGGGUGAUAGAGGGAGGUAUUAUCUGAACCCAGCGAUUGAGGGUCCGGCUGAAAGAGCAGGCGUUCAGGCAGGGGACCAUCUGCUCUGGAUCAAUGGAGUUAUGGUCUCAACCCUCUCACAUUCAGCAUUGUCAAAAAUGAUUAAGAGGUGUGGCGAAUAUGUGACCAUCUUGGUGAUAGACAGCACAAGUGAAGAGAGCUAUAUUCGCCGAAAACUGCCCAUUGUUCCUGCAUUUGCUUGCACCCAUAACCUACUGCACAGGCCAAAAACUCUACAUCUUGUCCAGGGACUACAGGGCUAUGGCUUCCUUCUACGACAAGAGAAGCUGACUUCAGGGAGAAUUGCUCACGUGCUGCGAGAGGUGGACCCUUGUAGCCCAGCAGAGGCUGCAGGGAUGGAGGAUGGUGAUCUGCUGUUGGCAGUCAAUGGAGAGCAGGUGGAAGGUUUGGAGCAUGAGGACAUUGUCAGCAGAAUACGGAAAAGUGGUCAGCAGGUCACGUUUACCACCAUCUCCAUCCAGGGCAGAGACUACUUCACACAGCUGGGUUUUUCACCGUUAUUGUUUUACGAACAAAACAUUCCAAAAAGGGAGCAUUUCCCUGAGCUCACUCUACCACGCAAGGAUGUGCACACUAACCGGUCGUGUCCUCGCCUCUGUGUCCUUCACAAGGAGGCCAGAGGAUUUGGCUUCAUCUUGGCUUGCAACCAGAACAAACCGGGACCCUACAUUGGACAGGUGACAGCGGGGUGUGCUGGAGAGAGAGCAGGACUGUGGGAGGGGGAUGUGAUCGUGGAGGUGAACGGCCAGAACGUGGAACAUGAGCACUUUGAGGAAGUGAUGAGGCUGAUCAAGAAGGCAGGCACCUCUCUCAGACUGCUGGUUGUGAAGGGUACAGGGUACGAGGCCCGCAGAAACAGUGGCCUACCGAUCAACCCAGGAUUGAUCCCGGAAGGCACACAGCCUCCAGAUUCAACAACAGACUACUUUGUGUAAAGGGGUAUGACAUAGCCCAGAGAAGCUACUACAGCGAUUGCUCUGGCCAAUUCUAAAGGAAUUCAAGCCAAACUCUGAACUACCACUCUGCUCACUCUACUGAAUACUAGAUCUGCUGCCAUAUCAGUCUAUUGGAGGCAAAAAGCUAAUGUGCCAAAGAAAUAAACACAUUAUGAAUGUUUUUUUUUUUUAUUCAAGAGAUGCAUACAUAUUACAAUGCACAUAAAAACAUAUGCUUGUCAGUUUAUACAUUGACAUUAAAUGUUUAAUGAUGUAUAUUAAAAUAAUUGAAAUGUGAAAUCUCAACAUAUACUCACAAGCCACUUUAUUAGGUGCUAUUACAGGGUUGGACCAAUUCUUUGUGGCAUAGAUUCAACAAGGUACCAGAAACAAUCACCAAGUGGUUAUUUUUGAGUUAUUGUUGCCUUUCUAUCAGCUCAAACCAUUCUGGCCUCUCUCCCCUGACCUGCAACAUCAAGAAGGCCUUUUUGCCCAGGGAACUGCUGCUCACUGGAUAUUUUCUCUUUUUUGGACCAUUAUCUGUAAACCCUAGUGAUGGUUGUGCAUGAAAAUCCCAGUAGAUCAGCAGUUUCUGAAAUACUCGGACCAGCCCGUCUAGCACAAACCACCAUGUUCAAAGUCACUUAAAUCUCCAUUCUGAUGCUCGGUUUGAACUUCAACAGGUCAUGUUGACCACAUCUGCAUGCCUAUAUGCAUUGAGUUGGUGCUAAUAUUUAAUCAGAAAAUUAGAUGUGUUAUUAACAAGCAGUUGUGCAGCUGUACAGUUGUACAGCUCUACCCAAUAAAGUGGCUGGUGAGUAUAGUUUUAAGAUUCAAUAAAGGACAUUGAGUUGUAUUGUUAGUGAAAUUUUAAUGUGGCCAGUGAUAGCUCAGUGUUUAAGGCACUUGACUUGUUAUCAGAAGGUUGCUGGUUCAAGCCCCACUGCCAAGUUGCCA